CGUUCCGCUCCGCUCCGCUCCUGCCGCGGCCGCUCGCUGCGCUGUGCCGGGCAGCGGUUACGACAUCGCGGGAGAGCGGCGGAGCGCGGCCCGUGGUCAUGUUCGGAGCGGCGGCGGAGGAGGACGACGCGGAUUUCCUGUCCCCUGCCAGCGGUGCAAGACUGGCCUCUCUCUUUGGGCUGGAUCAAACAGUCUCAAGCCAUGGGAAUGAAUUCUUCCAGUACACUGCACCAAAGCAGCCCAAGAAGGGUCAGCCUGCAGCUGCAGGUCCUGCAGCCCAGAAGGCUCCUGUGGCCCCAGCAGCUUUGGGGGCACCGUCGGUGUUCGUGGCCACAGCCGUUCAUGCUUACCGCUAUACAAAUGGGCAGUACUUGAAGCAAGGCAAAUAUGGAGCAGCUGUAGUGGGGAACCAUGCAACUAAAGAGUACAGGAUCCUCCUUUACAUCAGUCAGCAGCAGCAGAUCGCCGCUGCGAGGAUCCACCCAGGCUUCGUUCUCACGGUUCAACCCAACAAUUACAGCACCUUCUAUGAUGAUCAGAGACAAAACUGGUCCAUCAUGUUUGAGUCAGAAAAGGCAGCAAUGGACUUCAGCAAGCAGGUGUGCAUUGCCAAGUGCAACAGCUGCCCCGUGCUGGACUCUGUCCUCUGCCAGGAUCUCCUGCUGGGAGAAGGGCAGGCAGCAGAAGGAGGAGACUCUCUGGAGGUUGCCUACACAGGUUGGCUGUUCCAGAACAAUGGCCUUGGACAGGUGUUUGACUCCAACCUUAACAAGGACAAGCUGCUGCGCCUGAAGCUGGGAUCUGGCAAGGUCAUCAAGGGCUGGGAAGAAGGAAUGAUGGGGAUGAAGAAAGGAGGAAGAAGGUAUCUCAUCAUCCCUCCAGCGUGGGCCUAUGGGGCUCAGGGAGUGCCUGGCCGUGUCCCUCCAGACUCCACUCUGGUGUUUGAGGUGGAGGUUCGACGGGUGAAGCUGGUGAAGGACUGCUCUGCUCUGGAUGGGCAGAGUGUUGGCUCGAGGGAUUCUCCAGCACCCUCUCCAGUACCCACUUCAGAAGGCCUCUCUGCAGACACUGGGUUGCUGCCUCCAUCUAGCAUACCUCCUAAGCCUGGGGAGCCAGCGGUGCGGGCCAAGUCCAACUCCAUCAGUGAGCAGCUAGCAAACCCAGACGUGGCGAAGGCGAAGCUGAUUUCUCGGAUGGCUAAGAUGGGGCAGCCCAUGCUGCCCUUCCUGGCUGGCACUGCAGGCAGCCAGCUGGACUCCAGUGACUCAGAAAUAGAGGAUCCAAAUACACUGAGGGUGGCAGCACAACCAAUGCUUUCAUCUUCAGUGAGACCCUCACAGCCAGCUCAUGCAGUACUGCCCACGGUCUCCACACAAGUACCUCAAGCCUCUGGUUCUACAGCCCCAGUGUCCUCUGCUGCUUUAAUACCUGCAACCAUCCAGCCCCAUGCAGCUCUGCCUGGAGGAGCACAGGGCUUUCAGGCAUAUCCAGGGAUGGCAUUUGCUUACCCCCAGACUGCUGCAUCUGCUUCCCAGCUCCAGCCUGUAGGACAGAUGUAUCCUGCACCUUACCAAGCAGCAGGGGAUGUCACCUCCUUUCUGAUGACAGAAGCUCGGCAGCACAACACUGAGCUCCGCCUGGCUGUCAGCAAGGUGGUGGACAAGGUGGAUCACCUGGCUGCCAAGGUGGAGGAGCUGAAGAAUCAGAACACUGCCAACAGCUCCCUGCUGCCUGGCAUCUCCUCUGUUACUAUGGAAGCCUCCAUGAUCAUGAGCAAUAUCCAGCGCAUCAUCCAGGAGAACGAGAGGCUGAAGCAGGAGAUCUUUGAGAAGAGCAGUCGGAUCGAGGAGCAGAACGAGAAGAUCAGCGAACUGAUUGAGCGCAACCAGAGGUACGUGGAGCAGAGCAACUUGCUGAUGGAGCAGAGGAACCACUCACUGCAAACAACAGCAGAGAGCACCCAGGCAAGAGUGUUGCAUGCAGAGCAGGAGAAGCGCAUGCUGCCAGUGGAUCAGGGCUGGGACCAGGCCAAAGUUGCAGAGGAGCUCGCAGGUGCCACAGCCCAGGUUUCCCAGCUGCAGCUGGAGCUGACUGCCCACCAGAAGAAGGAGAUGGAGCUGCGGAAGCAGCUGUCCGCGGCGCUGCAGGAGGCAGAGCGGCAGGAGGCACAGCUCAACAGGCUGCAGGCACAGGUAGCAGAGCUCCAGGAAGCCUCUGAGGACUCCCAGACCAGAUUCAAAGCUGAGAAGCAGAGCCGUAAGCAGCUGGACAUGAAGAUCUCAGCACUGGAAGAGGAGCUCACAGACCUCAGAGUGGAGAAGGAGACUCUGGAGAAGAAUCUUGCAGAGAGGAAGAAGAAAUCCCUCUCGGAGAGAGCUCAGGCAGAGGAGGAGCUGGAGGAGCUGCGCCGAUCCUACCAGCAGGAGGUGGACAAGCUGCGGCAGCUGCUGAAGAAGGCACGAACCUCAACUGACCAAGCAGCAGCAGAGCAGCUGACACUCGUCCAGGCAGAGCUGGAGUCCCAGUGGGAAGCCAAAUGUGAGCGUGCACUGGCCUCAGCCAGGGAGCAGCACGGCAGGCAGUACCAGGAGGUGUGUGAGCAGAGGGAUUCCCUGCAGCAGCAGCUGGCCCAGCUGGAAGAGAAGCUUGCAGCUCUGAAGCAGUCCAGAAAAGCAGAGGAACAAAGACUGUCUGAGCUGCAGCAACGUUUGGAGCAGCUGGAGCCAGUGCAGGAGAAGUACACAGCCCUGCAGGCUGACCUGGUGCUGCUGAAGGCUCGCUACGAGGAACGCAUCCGAGACCUGCAGAGGGAGCAGGGUGGACCUUCACCUGCAGGCUUCACAGAGGAAGUGAAGAAGAUCAUGAACGGUGUCUUUCAGUCCCUUCGGGGGGACUUUGAGCUGGAGGAGACCUACAGCGGCAGGACGGUGCUGGGUGUGGUCAUGAGCACCAUCAAGACGGUGACGCUGCAGCUGCUCGACAGGCAGCCGCAGAAACCGGACGGUGACAGCGAACGGGAGGAACCUGGAGCAGAGGCAGCGGGAGAGGAGGGAUCCCCUGGGGCACAGCAUGAGCAGCAGGAGCCUGUGCAGCAGGAGCCUGUGCAGCACAGCCCGGCACAGAGCGGGGUGCUCCCAGCCGGUCCCGAGGAGCCAGCCCUGGGCUCCAGGCUGCCUGCCCAGGACCGCGGCGCUGCUGCUCCCUCUGCCAGACCCACAGCUCCUGCGGAGGAGCAGCAGGCACCGCGCAGCGGCAGGGCGGCAGAAGCAGAGCAGGGCCAGGGGCAGAGUCUCUCCUCCACAGCCACAUCCUGCCUGGACCCUGCUGCGGGGUCUGUGCUUGCAGGAGAGGCUGCUCCUGAGCCGGGGGGGAGCUGUGUCCCGGCGGAGCACAGCAGUGCCGAGGCUGCACAGGGACCCUCCGGAGCACCUUGGCAGGCAGCAGCUGCAGCCCGUUCUGUUCUGGGAGCCAAGGCAGGAGCAGCAGAGGAGGCAGUGCUUGCAGAAGAGCCAGCUGUGGAGCCUGCGGGAGGCUUAGAGCCCCCGCCCCUCAACGGGGAGGGAGACAACUGCACAGAGCCCUCGGAUGGAGCCAGCUCGGAGAAGCCUGCUGCAGGGUCCAGCACAGCACAGCUGAGCUCAGCUAUCGGCACAGAGUCCCCAGGAGAGCAGGAGCUGGGCUCCAGCCCCAGGCAGAAGGAGUCGAGCCUCUUCGAGGAGGACACCUUCUUUGAAGCAGCAUCUCAAAGAGCACCGAAGCCUCGAGCUGUGUCUGAAGAGGAGGAUGAGGAGGAAGUGAGCAUGAAGGGUCGGCCCCCUCCAGCCCCGCUCUUCGGUGAUGACGACGAUGAUGAUCUGGACUGGCUGGGAUGAAGAACUGCCUGGUGAGCCUGGGAGCCCUCUCCUCUGGGCAUGGCCUCUUCUCUGCACUUGGCACUUAGCUGCCUACGUGGGACACUUGUGAACAACCAGGGACUUGACAGGCUCUUGGACUCUGCAGGCUGGAGGGACCUGGCAGCAGGUGGCUCUCUGGCACUCGUGGGGCACUCAGCUGUGGCUGUGAGCUGGCAGGGGCUGGGAUGAGCUGAGGGAAGCAGCCAGUCCUGCUGCAGGUCUGCCUUGCUGUCCUGCUGCAGGUCUGCCUUGCUGUCCUGCUGCAGGUCUGCCUUGCUGUCCUGCUGCAGGUCUGCCUUGCUGUCCUGCUGCAGGUCUGCCUUGCUGUCCUGCUGCAGGUCUGCCUUGCUGUCCUGCUGCUGCUGACUCACUCACCUGGAGCUCUGCAAGCAGGAGCUUUGUGAAGUGCUUCUGAGCAGCUCUGGCAGGACCCUGCAGUAGGUAACUGCUUCUGGCCCCUUGCUGCCUUCCCUCUGAACACCUCCCUGGAGUAUUUCUUUGUCCCCGUGGUGGCCUCUGGGGACUCCACACCAGCUCAUCACCCCCUGUGAGCACUGCAGUGGGAGACUGGGCUGAGGGGCCCCGGGCUGGUGCUCCCUGUGAACCACCAGCUUGGCACAGGUAGCCUGGGGAAACGCAGGGGCUGGGGUAGCUGAGGUUGGAUUGCUACAGCAGGGCACAGUGUUGCUGAGCCUCAGCUGCUGGAGGCCAGGCUCUGUCACAUCAACACUCCCAGCACAGCUCCAGCACUGGGAAUGGCUGGUGGAAGAGGCCAGAUGCCCACUGGGUUUUGUGGAGGCCCACAGGAAUGCUUUGCUGUGCAGCCAGCUCCUCUCUGCUGUCUGGCUGCAGGCAGGGGGAAGGUGUUCAGCUGGCAGUGGCAGCAGCAGUGCAGAUGUGUAACCUGCUUCACUCUGGGAGUCACUGGAGGCAGCCAGACCCUCCCCUGUGCCUUUUCUCUGCUGCUUUUGCAAGUGGGAUGAUCCUAGCACCAGUGUAGAGUUGGGGACCAGGGGACAUGAGCUGUAAGCCAGCCACACCCAGGCUCUGCUGUAGAGUGGAGCAGGAGGGGAAAGAGAGAGGACAGACCAGGGGCACACCUUGAUUUCUCACAGCACUUCCACUCUGCACUCACUGACACAGCUGGGAGCAGGGCUUAGUGUCUGCAGCACAGCUCAACCCCUUCACCUGACAGAGUAGAAGUGCUUCAGGUAGUUGCACUGCAGUUUAGUUUCUACAGCAGCUUCUUAGCAUCCAGCUCUGGACUGAAUUUGGUUUGGGAGCUCCUGGGAGGAGAAUAAAAAUGGGUGCUGGGGAGCAAAGUGCAGCAAGUUGCCAAAUGCAGCUAGAAAGUGGCAGAGCCCAGAGCCCGUGGCAGAGCCCAGCUGCUGCUCUGCCAACACCUCUGGCAGGGUGAAACUCACUGAGGUUUGCUGGGGAGCUGUGCCAUGCAAAACCUGGGGGUUCUGGGGGUCCCUCUCCCUGUAGCUGCCCUGCUGUGCCCUCAGGACCACUCCCCAUAGCUGUGGCAGUGCCCCAGUGGAGGUUGUUGCUGGUACUAAUGAAUUUCCACUUCUUGUUUCCCGUUCUAGACACACAACCUGAGGGGUUUGUAUUUACUUCUGGACAAAUAAAGUGCAAUUAAAGCUC